CCGCAAAAGGCAAGCUCGGAGUUGUCUCCAUUUUGUCGGGGCCCGGCGGUCGGACGACGGCGCGGAGAUGGGGGGCGUGCUGGGGCUGUGCUCCGUGGCGAGCUGGAUACCAUGUCUGUGUGGCAGUGCCCCGUGUUUGCUGUGCCGAUGCUGCCCCAGUGGAAACAACUCCACAGUAACUAGAUUGAUCUAUGCACUUUUCUUGCUUGUUGGAGUAUGUGUAGCUUGUGUAAUGCUGAUACCAGGAAUGGAAGAACAAUUGAAUAAGAUUCCUGGAUUUUGUGAGAAUGAGAAAGGGAUCGUCCCAUGUAAUAUUCUGGUCGGCUAUAAAGCUGUGUACCGUUUAUGCUUUGGCUUGGCUAUGUUCCACCUUCUUCUCUCUCUACUGAUGAUCAAAGUGAAGAGCAGCAGUGAUCCUAGAGCUGCAGUGCAUAAUGGAUUCUGGUUCUUUAAAUUUGCUGUAGCAAUAGCAAUUAUUAUUGGGGCAUUCUUUAUUCCAGAAGGAACUUUUACAACUGUGUGGUUUUAUGUGGGCAUGGCCGGUGCCUUUUGCUUCAUCCUCAUACAGCUCGUCUUACUUAUUGACUUUGCUCAUUCCUGGAAUGAAUCCUGGGUUGAAAAAAUGGAAGAAGGGAACUCUAGGUGCUGGUAUGCAGCUUUGUUAUCAGCUACAGCUCUGAACUAUCUGCUGUCUUUGGUUGCGAUAGUCCUGUUCUUUGUGUACUACACUCAUCCAGACGGUUGUUCGGAGAAUAAGGCGUUUGUCAGUGUGAAUAUGCUCCUCUGCAUUGGUGCUUCUGUAAUAUCCAUACUGCCGAAAAUCCAAUCUCAUUUCAUAGAAACAAACUGUAAUCCAAGUCUACUAAGCAUCAUUGGGUACAACACAACAAGUACCACUCCAAAGGAUGGGCAAUCUGUCCAGUGGUGGCAUGCUCAAGGAAUUAUAGGGUUAAUCCUCUUUUUAUUGUGUGUGUUUUAUUCAAGCAUCCGUACUUCAAACAAUAGUCAGGUGAAUAAACUGACGCUAACAAGUGAUGAAUCAGCAUUAAUAGAAGAUGGUGGAGCCAGAAGUGAUGGCUCACUGGAGGACGGAGAUGACCUUCACCGAGCUGUAGAUAACGAAAAAGAUGGUGUCACUUACAGCUACUCCUUCUUCCACUUCAUGCUUUUCCUGGCCUCGCUCUAUAUCAUGAUGACCCUUACCAACUGGUACAGGUAUGAGCCUUCUCGUGAGAUGAAGAGUCAGUGGACCGCUGUCUGGGUGAAGAUCUCUUCCAGUUGGAUUGGCAUUGUGCUCUACGUCUGGACACUCGUGGCGCCGCUGGUUCUGACAAAUCGUGAUUUUGACUGAAUUGGGGCUUCUGGCAUGAAAGUCCUACGUGAAUCAUUGCUUAUUUGAAAUUGACAGUAUUCCCCAAUUUUGUAAAGCGUGUGUGUGCGUGUGUGUGUGUACCUAAGUGUGCAUCCACUUCCCACUAACUUCAUUGUUUGUCUAGCAUGAAUUAGGUUGUACAACUUGUUACUUUAUUAUUUUCUUGCCAAGGCCUUUGAUAUAUCUGCGCUAGUGAUUGCAGGGAAGGUUAUUAUGAAUGUGGUAGUGAGUCAGGAAAAUAUCCGAGGAAAUGUAAGACUGCCUUUUCAAAUUUUGAUGCCUUGCCUUUUAAGAGACAAUAAAUAACUUGGCUAUUAUAAAAAUGUGUAACCAAAUCACAUCAAGACCAAAUGUGUGAAGAAUUUCGUCAUGUUUUCCACACGUGGUAGAAGUUUAGGAAUUUACACAAGUAGGAAAUGUUUGAUGAAGCAGCGUAGGUUAUAUAUAGGGGUUGAAGUACACUCUUCAAAGAAAGAUUGACAAUAGUUGGUAUUAAAUUGGAUAACCAGUUAGAUUGUAAUCUUCCUUGAGUAGGGCUGGCCUUCUUCCAUGCCUAUAUAGUUUUGUUGUAGGCAUUUAUAAACACAGGUGAAAGGGGGUUUGCUGAAGAAUGCGAGGUUUUGAAAUGGAAAGUCAUAGGCUAGGAAAGAAGUUAAUUAAAAAGAUGAAGUUAGUGUUGUAAAGAUGUGAUAAACUUCACAGGGCAAGAAGAAACAAAUAUUGGGAUUCAGUAGGUACUUAGCAAAAGUGAGUCCAAUUCUCAUUUUCAACACGGGGAAUAAAAAGAAAACAACCCUGAAUCACGGAUUUAAAUACUUCACAUAACUAAUUAGUGACUAAGCUGGGAAAUUUAGAGUUUGUCAAAUAUGGCUAGCAUUCAUUUGGGCAUUCAGAAAUCAUUUCUAUUCAUAAUACAUGCAUAUUAGGCUUAUUUCAUCAGUGGUGGGUAAUUCUCAUGAUUGGGGUUGCUGGUACUCAGCAUGUCUUUUGCCCAGAGGCAGGCCAGCCGAAUAAGGGAAUGCUGUAGAAUCAACUUCUGCUCAUAGUACAGUGCGCAUUCAUGAAUUGUUUAAAAUGCUUUUGUAUUUGCUGCAAUGUAAGUGAAAUGUAUAUAAUCUUUCAGCCUGAAAAUCAAGCAGUAUGAUGAUUAACUUAGAAAUGCUUAUGUGUACGUGUCAUUAGUCAGUGAAGCAUUGAAAAGUCUACAUUUGCCUCUUUCAAAAUAUUUAUUAAUAUAAUGGAAUACAAUUCAACCUAAUUCCCCAACCUUGUUCUGUAUGUUAAUAUUGCGUUCCAUGAUUUUGAAUGACUGUGGUCUACCUAUAAAUAAAUGAAUUCAAAGUA